AUGUCAACGCCAAUCGACACUCCCAAAACUUCCUCCACUUCCAACCAGAACACCUCACAGAACAACCCAAUUGAGAAAAUUAUCUCCACCAUACUGAAGACCGCUCUCGAAGCCAUUCCUCUCCUCACUGCCGACAACUACACCUUUUGGCGAAAUCGAGUCGACAACAUGCUGGAUCUACAAGGACUCCGAGCGUCGUUGACCGAUAAGGAUGGUUCGCUCACGACCACUGAUGAUGUUCAACUUCGUACUAUCAUCACUUCAAAGUUGGAUUCCUCCAUUCAACCUAACAUCAUCAAUCAUGAAAAUGAAAAGAAUGCUUGUAAGAUAUGGGAAUCCAUCACUAACUACUUCGCAUCGACCCAGCCAGCUAACAGAGCUAGAGUCUUUAAUGAACUCCUAGACUUGAGCUUCAACACUUCCGACAUCCAGACGUUCAUCACUGCAGUUCGCACGAUCAACUCUCGGCUGUUCGAGAUUGGCAUCGACCUCCCUCAAGAUUUGGUGGCGUACAUCCUACUCAAAAAGCUCCCGCCGGCAUUGACCAAUGUCACAAUGAUCAAUCAGCCACUGGGAUACACCGGCAACUGGUACCAAGAAUGA